UAAAAAAAUUCCAACUCCGAGACCAGUUCAGUGAGCCCGGCAUGGCGCCAUACAUGGCGACGACACACUAUAAUCAGCAAUGACGUCAAAACUCCAAGCUCUCUUCAUUUCCCUAUAUAUCCAAUCAUCAGAAGAGCUCUAGAUUACUUGUAUCCAACAGUUAGCCGCUGCUGAUUCGUCGUCGUUCUCUGGUAAUUUUCCGAUCCCCUUCCGCUUCGCAAUGGAGAACACGUACGCCGCGGCAACAAUGGAACGAAGCGAGGCGGCCGGCGGCGGCCAGGCAGACAUCGUCAUCGUGGGCGCCGGGCUCGCCGGCCUCGCCGUGGCUCUCGGGUUACACAGGAAAGGGGUCAAGAGCUUGGUUCUGGAGUCGUCGCCGGUGCUCCGGGCGUCGGGGUUCGCCUUCGCGACGUGGCCCAACGCCUUCCGCGCGCUCGACGCCCUCGGGGUGGGCGACAAGAUCAGGAAGCCCCAUCUACUGACCCAGGGGUUACGCGUCUUCUCUUCAUCCACCGGAGAACUAAUCCAGGAUGUGGAUUUCACGAACGAGGGGAAACGCAAUGAGUUCCGCUGCGUCCGGCGAGACGUGCUGCUGCAGACCCUGGAAGAAGAGCUGCCAAGAGGAGCCAUCCGCUACAACUCCAAGAUCGUCUCCAUCCAAGAGGAAGAAGGCCACGUCAAGAUCCUGCACCUAGCCGACGGGUCAACUCUCAGAGCAAAGGUGCUCAUCGGGUGCGACGGGAUCAACUCCGUGGUGGCGAAGUGGCUGGGGCUCGCGAAGGCGACCGGAUCCGGGCGAGCGGCCACGCGGGGCCUCGCGCAUUACCCCGACGGCCACGGCUUCGAGCCCAGGUUCCUGCAGUUCAUCGGGCACGGCUACCGCGCCGGCCUCAUACCCUGCAACGACACCGACGUCUACUGGUUCUACACCUGGUCUCAUUCCCGAAACGAUAAUGGCGUCGACGGGAGCGCGGCCAAGAUGAAGCAGCACGUGCUGGCGGAGCUGAGGGGCUCCAAGGUGCCCGCAGAGGCCGUGGAUGUGGUGGAGAGGAGCGAGAUGAGCGACGCCGCGCCGCUGCGGCUCCGGCCGCCGCUGUCGCUGCUGUGGACGAGCAUCAGCAAGGGGAACGUGUGCGUGGCCGGCGACGCGCUGCACCCGAUGACGCCGGACCUGGGCCAGGGCGGCUGCUCCGCGCUCGAGGACGGCGUCGUCCUCGCCAGAUGCCUCGGCGAUGCGAUAAUCCAUGGCGCCGGCACGGAGAAGGAGAGGAUCGAGUCGGGACUCCGGGAGUAUGCCGGGAUGCGGCGGUGGAGGAGCGUCGAUCUCAUCGGAACCGCCUACGUGGUCGGCUUCGUGCAGCAGAGUGGUAACCCGAUCGUGAGCUUUCUGCGGGAGAAGGUCCUGGGCGGAGUGCUCGCCAGAAGGCUCGUCAAAAUGUCGGAAUAUGACUGUGGAAUGCUGUAAAAGGCUAAUAACCUUUUAUCUCUCUCGCUUGGCAGCCCUUUCUGAAGCAGAAAUAGACAUCGGUAGUACUGUGACAGAGACAAGAACUGCUAUCAAGGAACUAGAAACAAUAUGAUGUUACAGUAGUA